ACUGCCCUUCGGAUGUAUUGUAUAAACAUACGUAACUCAUAAACGACGUAAUCGCACUAAUCAGAUCAGAUGUAACGCACGGAAACCACGCGUAUGCCGAAUGUUGCAUUAUUCUCGUUCCGCCGCUCGUCUUCGCGAAUGCAGAUGACGUAAUUCACAUCAUGCUGUUAUGUUUUUCUUGUUAUUAUCGUUAAUAAACAUGCUAUCCUUUUUCCGAAAGUUAUCAAUUGGCGGAAAAAUAAAGGAUGGUAUAUUGCCGGAAACAGUCAUGGGAACGGCAGAGGAUCUGUUGACGGCGAAGAAUCAAACGUUAAGGACGGAUAUCGAGUUAAAAGAAUCCGUUUACGAUGUAUUAAGGACGAUCAAAGAUCCUGAGAAACCACAGACCUUGGAGCAAUUGGACGUUGUUUACGAAGAUUGCAUAAAAGUUUGUCACAGCACACCUGGAGGAGUUUCUGUGAUUCGUGUGGAGUUUAAUCCUACAGUGCCUCACUGUUCGUUGGCCACCCUCAUAGGACUGUGCAUCCGCAUUAAAUUGGAACGUCAUUUAUCGGCUUCAUUUAAGUUGGAUAUCUAUAUCAAGAAAGGUGCACAUUCUACUGAACAGGAAAUUAAUAAACAAAUUAAUGAUAAGGAACGUAUAGCGGCUGCGAUGGAAAAUCCAAACUUACGGGAACUGGUGGAGAAAUGUAUACUAGAAGAGGAUUAUUAGCCUUUCACGAUAAAGCAUGUGCUAUAUCGGAUAUUUUUCCGAAAUAUAAUUUUAUUAUAAUUUAGUACAUAUAUAUUAUGUAGAUAAGUAAUAUGUGGAUUGUUUAUACUGGCAUAUAAUUAAGUCCAACUCUUGGGAAUAAUGUAAUGAAACGCUUCCAAUAGAAAUAUUAUAUAGAAAUAUCAUUGUAAAUUAAAUUUUUGGUACUUGAUAAUCGUAAUCAUGCAUUUUAUAGAGAUAAAAAGCUAAAGAGCGCAAUCUAUUACAUUACGGUCCUCGAAAUAUAAAAUUAUAUAUUUUAUAUAUUUUAUAUAACGUAGAGAAGAGUAAUAAAAAUUUUGUCGGCGCCGUCGGCAGAUACACAUAUGAACAAA